GAAAAAGUCAUUUUUAGUUCACUUCCAACUUCAAACCGAAAAACGACAGCUUCAACUGGAAGCCGAUUAGCCGGAGCAGAGGGAAAAGAAAACGAAAUGCAUCUUCCGGGCAAAGCUCAAGCAGAGCUCUCGUCUUCUUCCCCUCUCACCUUCACUUUCUUCUCUAAUUCCCACCAUUCCUCAAACCUUAACCCUAACCCUAGCCAUGUUCUCCUCUCUCUCCCCAUUCGCGCCUCGCCUUUCUACUCUCUCUCUCUCCACCACCGCGAUUUCCUCCGUCGCCGCCGCUCCCUUCGCCCAAUCCUCACUGAACGUCGCCGAUUCCCGGCGGUUUCCACUUCCAGCACUUUCGUCGAACAAUUGGAGAGCGAAGUAUCGCCGUCAGAGGGCGAGGUCGGGGAUUUCGGUGGAUUCCCGGAAAGCGAGCCGUUCGACUCCGAGAAGUGUUUUGCGUCGUCGGAUUUGAAGCAUUUGGCGGCGCCGAAGCUGGAGGUUAAGGAGCUGGAGGAGCUGCCGGAGCAGUGGCGGAGGUCGAGGCUUGCGUGGCUGUGCAAGGAAUUGCCGGCGCACAAGCCCGGGACGAUGGUGCGAAUCCUCAAUGCGCAGAGGAAGUGGUUGACGCAGGAAGAUGUUACUUACUUGGCGGUGCAUUGUAUGAGGAUUCGCGAGAACGAAGCUGGUUUCAGGGUGUACAAAUGGAUGGUGCAACGACCUUGGUAUCGAUUUGAUUUUGCGCUUGCCACUAAACUAGCAGAUUACAUGGGGAAGGAACGGAAGUUUUCAAAGUGUCGGGAGAUAUUCGAUGAUAUAAUCAACCAGGGGCGCGUUCCUAGUGAAUCUACAUUUCACAUUUUGGUUGUUGCUCAUCUUAGUGCGCCUGUCCAAGGUUGCUUGGAGGAAGCAUGCAGCAUAUACAAUCAAAUGAUUCAGCUAGGAGGGUACCAGCCCCGACUUAGCUUACACAAUUCUUUAUUUCGAUCUAUUGUUAGUAAAUCCGGAAGCUUUUCAAAACAUUUUCUUAAACAGGCGGAGUUUAUUUUUCACAAUUUGGUUACAACUGGACUUGAUAUACAUAAGGAAAUUUAUGCUGGCCUGAUUUGGCUACAUAGCUAUCAGGACACUAUAGACAAAAAGAGGAUUUGUGAGAUAAGGAAGGAGAUGCAGCAAGCAGGUAUUGAGGAGGGUAGAGAAGUGCUUGUGUCCAUCUUGAGAGCUUGCUCAAAGGAAGGAGAUGUGGAGGAAGCAAAAAAGGCUUGGUACAAGCUUCUUCGUCUUGAUUGUGGCCUCCCAUCUCAAGCUUUUGUUUAUAGGAUGGAGGUCUAUGGAAAGGUUGGAGAUCCUAGGAAAUCUUUGGAGAUAUUCAGAGAGAUGAAGGCACAUUUAGGUUCUACCAAUGUCGUGGCAUAUCAUAAAGUUAUAGAGAUCUUAUGCAAAGCUCAAGAAAUUGAACUGGCAGAAUCCCUAAUGGCAGAGUUCAUAAGCAGUGGUUUGAAGCCUGUUAUGCCAGCUUACAUUGAUAUGAUAAAUAUGUACUUCAAUUUAAGCUUCCAUGACAAAGUAGAGUUGGCCUUCUCUCGGUGCCUUGAGAUAUGUCAACCCAGCCGUACUGUUUACAGCAUAUACUUGGAUUCCUUGGUGCAAGUCGGUAACUUAGAAAAAGCUGAGGAGCUCUUUGGCCAGAUGCAUAACAAUGGAGCUAUUGGAAUUAGUGCUCGGUCAUGCAACACUAUAUUGAGUGGAUAUAUAUCUUCUGGAGAUUAUGUAAAGGCAGAGAAGAUUUAUUACUUGAUUUGUCAAAAGAAAUAUGAUGUUGAAUCAUCAUUGACGGAAAAGAUCGAUUUUGUUCUCAGCUUGACCAAAAAAAAAGUUAAGAGAUGUGUAAGCCUAACGCUGAGCAAAGAACAACGAGAGAUCUUGGUGGGUCUGCUUUUAGGAGGUUUGCAGAUCGAGUUGGAUGAAAAUACAAGGAAUCAUAUAAUCCGCUUUGAGUUCAGUGAGAAAUCAGGCACACAUUCUUCUUUAAGGAGACAUAUACAUGACCUAUAUCACGAGUGGUUACAUCCCUCAUGCAAGGCAAAUGAUGGUAGCGAGGAUAUACCCCGAAGACUUUUUACCGUCCCACAUCCUUACUUUGGUUUCUACGCGGACCAGUUUUGGCCAAAAGGCAGAAGUGCAAUUCCAAAGCUAAUCCAUCGGUGGCUGUCACCGUGUGUCCUGGCAUACUGGUGUAUGUAUGGAGGCCAUAGGACCUCAUCAGGAGACAUUUUUUUAAAGCUUAGGGGAAGCCAGGAGGGUGUCGAGAAGGUUGUCAAAAGCUUGAAGGCAAGGUCCCUGGAUUGCAGGGUGAAGAGGAAGGGAAGAGUGUAUUGGAUAGGUUUCCUCGGAAGCAAUUCAACCUGUUUCUGGAAACUAGUAGAACCUUUCGUCCUAGAUGACUUGAGAGACUCUCUGAGACCUGGCGUUGAAACCUGUGGUGACAGAAAAUCUGAAACCCAAGGCAUUAGCUUUGAGAGUGGCUCUGAUACAGACGAAAAGGCCUCUGAUCGCAGUGACGACGAGAACUCGUAGUCUUAUGUCGAAGGUUUGUUACAAUGAAUUUCCAAUAGGCUGUUAACUGCCUAGGAUGAUAUGAAGACUGCUAGAUUAACAGGUUCAGAAAGCUUGGGCGCUUUUCAACAUAUUGCAGGUCAUUCAUUCUCCUGGCAAUUUCCAGAGUUGUACAUUCUACAUUCACAUAGAGGAGAUCCAUAAACCUUGUUUAAGCCUAAUGGAAUAACUUAUUUGUUCUACUUUCAGUGAAUGAUCCAUCUCUCUUUUCUUCA